AUGGAGUACCAGCCCGUCGUCGUCGCGAAACACCCCCGGCCAGCCGCGACAAAACACAACUCCGAGUCGAGGUACUGGCGACAGUUCAAGCACCCCGUGUUCAUCAAGGAAUACGCACCGGUCACCUCUGUCCACUUCUCUCCCUUAAAGCCUCACCGGUAUGCGGUCACUGCGGCCACACGCAUCCAGAUCUAUGCGCCCAGAACACAGAAGGUCACGAAAUCUAUCUCGCGGUUCAAAGACAUUGCCCGGAGCGGUUGUAUCCGAGGGGACGGCAAGCUGGUAGUCGCGGGAGACGACACAGGCCUGAUCCAGGUUUUUGACAUCAACUCUCGUGCGAUCCUCCGGACGUUGGACGUGCACAAGCAACCCGUGCAUGUCACGAAGUUCUCUACCCUGAACAACACACAAGUACUUUCAUGCUCCGACGACACCACCGUCAGGCUUUGGGACGUCCCAUCCCAGACAUGUACACAUACCUUCACCGAUCAUACCGACUACGUCCGCACCGGCCAGGUCUCCACCUCAAACCCCCAUCUCGUCCUCACUGGCUCAUAUGACGCUACUGUACGCUUGUACGACUCGAGAACAGGAGAGUGUGAGAUGCUGAUGGGAGGACCGUCCGGAGAGGGCGGAGGUCAGAACACCGCCCCUGUCGAGCAAGUCCUUAUGUUCCCUUCCGGCACCAUAGCACUGUCCACCGCAGGUCCCAUUCUGCGCGUGUGGGAUCUUGUCGCAGGCGGUCGGUGUACCCGGGCCUUAUCUAACCAUCAAAAGACGGUCACCGCACUGGCUUUCGACUCGACAGCUAGCCGCCUUCUCUCCGGUGGACUUGACCAAAUGGUGAAGGUAUACGACGUCAGCACGUAUAAGGUCGUGCACACAAUGCGGUAUCCUGCGCCUAUUCUCUGUCUUGCAGUCUCGCCUGACGAGACGCAUAUUGCGGCCGGCAUGGCAGACGGCACUCUGUCCAUACGGCGGCGACAACCGAAGGCGACAGAGUCUGCCGCAUAUGAACAGUCUCUCGCUGCCGUGCGCGCAGGGGCGUACGACUCAUUACUCACUGGCGUCCUACCAAACAUCGGUCAGGGCCGCGUGAAGCAGAAGACGAAGUCAAAACCUGUGGGCGACAUUGACGAGAUCAAGGUGGAGAGCAGGAGAAAGAGGAGACUGCGGCAAUACGACAAGUUCCUAAAGAACUUCAAGUACUCUGCGGCACUGGAUUCUGUGCUGAAAUCACAAGUACCGCCUACAACAACGUUCUCAUUGAUCCAGGAGCUCAUUCACCGAGACGGUCUCCAAACAGCCCUCGCCGGUCGAGACGACGUCUUACUGGAGCCAGUCCUCCGGUUACUCCUAAAGUACGUAGCAGACCCUCGCUUCGGCGAGAUGGUUUGUGAUGUCGCGAGUCUCGUCAUUGACAUGUACAGACCAGUACUCGGACAGUCGCCACUCAUUGACACUCUAUUCGCCCGUCUUCAGAAGAAGGUCGCAGCGGAGCUCCGCUUCCAGAAGGAGCUUGUCAAGACCAAGGGUGCCCUCGAUAUGCUCCUGUCCUCCACCUCUCUCCUCGCUGUCGCAUAG